AUGGUCGUCGUCAUGGAUACUCAAACAUCCGCUAUCAUGGACGACACAGGCAAAAAGUAGUAGGAAACGUCAACAAACAUGUAGAUGUGGAUUUAGUGGCUAUGCGUUUAUAACAGCCACCAACGUUCGAGCGUUCUAAUUAUACGUGUUACUUGAUAAACUAUCAUAAUGUCGAGAGCAGCCGUUUCAAAAUCACGGGCCGACAAAGGUGCCAAGCCCGGACCACCUGCACACACACCUGUGGUGGCACAUGAAAUCGUGCCUGGAAAAUUUAAUGACCAAGACUGGACAUUUAUGGUGGAAAAAGAUGGUUCUGAAGAAUUCGUAGAGGAUAUUAUUGAUGAACUAGUGGAUAAUACUUUAGAUGUUAUAUAUGACAAUUACAUUGGACAUCAGUUACUUCCUUUUACAGUCACAAUGGCUAAGGAUGCAAUUUUACAAAUAAUUGAGUGGCAAUUUUUAUCCAGAGAUGAAGGUGAGCAGGAUGUAGAAACAGAUCCAGGAUGGAUGCAAGAUGAAGAACCUGAUCCUGCUGUAACAGACUGUUGGGCCCAGGGUUCUGUACCAAAAGCACUUGUUCCUGAAAGACCGAUGACACCUGUUGAAGAGGAAUUGGAAGAAAAAGUGGAAGAAACUGCAGUUAUAGAAGAGGAAGAGGAGAAGGUGGAGGAAGAGGAACCCCCAGAGCUGGCUGACAAAGUGUCUGAUACAGAGGAGGGGGUGAAUCAGGAGGAAGAACAAAAAGCCAAAGAAGAAGAAAAGAAUCAGAAGAAGAGGACAAAAUACAAACCAUACACAGGAAGAGUAAAGGCAGGUAAAGGCUUAAACCAGAUGACAGAGUCUUUGGAACAAACAGAAAUGGCUAUGAUGUAUGAAGAGUAUGUGAAGUCACAGGAGUAUGAAGCAGCAGAUAAGGCCAGUGGACUCCUCAACAUGCCAGUCUCAUGUCACUCCAUACUGAAGGUUCAAGCUGGUCGCCCUCCAGGCAAUAAAGAUGUCAUGUAUGAUGACAUGGGCAAUGUCCUUGCAGUCAUCAAGCUGAAUCCUGAAAAACUGCCAUCUCACAGAGUGAAGGUGAAGUAUCAGGUGGUAGACCCUGCAGUGGAGGCCGCCCAGACUAGACUGGAGGCCAUGAGGCACGGUCGCUACAUGAGUAGGGCCAUCCAGCGCCGAAUCAAACGCAACAAAGUAGAGGAAAUCAAGCCAGAUGAAGAAUUAGAGAAUGGAUUUCAAAAAGAUAAGAAAACGCCACUGCCUCCUCCUCUUACUGAAACCAUGGAGAUAUCACCGGGAGUCACAGUGCGUGAGGGUGGCCGAAUAAGGAGGGGACCUGCUCGGUAUGUACGAAAGGUGGAUAAAUUUACCGAAAGCCAGCAGUCGUUACGGCCCGUGGCUACCCGGACUACAGCUCCAACCAUGGAUGUGGCAGACCUGUUAGAUAGACAAACCCCAAUUCUACGAGUGAUGAGAGACUCACCACCACUACCACCCAUAGUGCCCCACCCCCCAGCACAGUCCAGAAUAUCCACGUAAUCUGGGGCCAUACACUCAAUGCAUUCAAAUAGGAAUACAAAAUUACUCUUUGUCAAAUAGCAUGUAAGACAAUGCUGGCACUUUAAAGAGUAUGUCUCUUAAGUUCCAAGAGACUUUACAGGAAUAUUGCGAUAAGUCAUUAAGAUAAAUUUCAUAUCUAUUUUCAUGAAUAUAUAAAUGUUCAUACCUAGAAUACAUUUGUGGAAAAAUGUGAUAUGUUUGUAAAUAAAAUACUUGUAAAAUAAACUUGUAUUCACAAAGUUAAUUACAUGUAUAUUGUACAUAGCAAGUAUUUUAUACAGAUUCUAGUACAACUACAUAUUAUUAUGUACAGUUACAAUGUAUAAAUUAACUAUAUGUACUAUAUUUAAUUUGCAUGUAUAAAUUAACUAUAUGUACUAUAUUUAAUUUGCAGACAAUUCUUUACAAAAUAUGCAUAGCUUAUAUGAACUUGUGAUAUUAAAUUAAUUUAUUAAAUCUAAUUGAGUUGACAUCAGUUAUCUUUUGAUAUUUUUUUAUUUCGGUUUAUUUUGGUGUCCUGAUUUGUUACCUAUGAAGUACAGGAUAGGUGAGCAAACUCUCCAGGUCACAGGUUAAAGGCCAUUCUGGUUCACUUUUGGAAAACUUCUUUUACAUCAUGUUUUAAUGAAAACUCUUUCCUUAACUCGAUAAAUUUUAUUAUCUUUUUGGUAGAGUAUCAUAAUGAUUUUAUUUCAUGUGUUUAAUAAAAAGGACUGUUAGAGUACACAAAGAUGUACAUGUAGGUUGUACCAUAUCCAAACCAAACAUGUGUUGCUAAAUAUUCUUGACUGAUUCAAUGAUUCGUUUAGUCAAUAAAACAUAUGAUAAGAUAUAGUGUUGCUUUGUGUGUAUGUCUUGAGUAGGCGUUGGACUAAAUAAAUGUUCUCAUUGUCAUAUACAACA